AUGCCUUCUUACAGCAUUUUGGACCUAAACAAUAUACAUAUUGAUGAUUCAAUGCUGAGGCGGUAUUUAACUGUCAAGGCCGUCUGCGUCUCACCCACUGGACUCCACUGGAAGAGGCUACAACCAAUAGGAAGCCAGCUAACCAAAAGCCAAUCAAAAUCUGCCUAUAUCUAUUUUCAACUCCACAUGGCUGAAGAUAUCGAAGUUACUCAUGCAGAUCAACAAAGGAUUAAUAGCUUUGCUACUUGGAAUUUGAAAUUCAAAGGUUUCUUAUCAGAAUAUGAGAAUUACAAGAAAGAACUAGCUAAUAUCAAUGAUGCAGAAGACGAAAUGAUUGUCUUGGAUGAAAAUACUCAUCCAUAUGCUAUCGGGGAUACAUUUUUCCAUUUGUCUAGUGAUGAGAUCGGAGAAGAACUUACAGCAACCAAAGAAAAAGUUAAAGUGCGGAUGUUAGACCUGGAAGAACGAAUUACGCCUCAUAUUGUGGUUCAUGGUGUGUCCGCAAGUCGGUGA